CCUAUGUCAACAAUCAUUGGCUUAAUUGGUGACAUGAUAAAAAUAUUUGAAACAGAACCUCCUUUGUUUUCAAAACCCUCCAAAGAUGGAAACAACCCCGAUGAUCUCAUGAAAUUUUUAUCUAAAAUCUCUGGAGGUGUGUCUGAUAUGAACCUUCAGUCACAAACCAAGCCUGGUGUGCAGGACAGUGUUGAACCAGCCAGCAAAGUGACAGUAAUUGGAGGUGGAGAUUUAGGCAUGGCUUGUGUCAUGGCAGUUAAAGCAAAGUGUCCUCAAGUAAACCUGGUAUGUAUUGAUGUCUCAGAAACCUCAGCAGUGGGUGGAAAAACAGACCUUGAAAUUUUCAACCUACCAAAUGUAGAGGUCAGCAAAGACUAUUCUUCUUCAGCUGAAUCCAGUGUUGUCAUUAUCACGGCUAAUUCUUGGAGCAAUGAUCAGUCAUAUGUAAGUGUGGUACAAAGUAAUGUCGACUUGUUUAAAGGAAUCAUUCCAAGUGUGACACGUUACAGUCCAAAUUCUGUUCUACUCAUUGUUUCACAACCAGUUGAUAUAAUGACCAGCAUUGCAUGGAAAAUAAGUGGAUUUCCUCCAAAUCGUGUGAUUGGUAUGGGCUGCAAUCUAGAUUGUGAGCGCCUCCAGUGUACCGUUGCAGCUCUUCUGAAGACACAUUCAACAGAAACACAGGUCUGGAUUAUUGGAGAACAUGGAGAAAAUAAAGUGGUAGCUUGGCAAGGACUUGAUGGAGUAACAAAUAACCUACCUGAUGUUGUAACAGUUCGUAACAAAUGGACAGAGUCAGUGAACAGAAUAUUUGAAGCACUGAAGGGAAAGGGUCAAAGGUCUUGGUCAGUUGGUCUUUCGGUAGCUGAUUUGACUGACAGCUUACUGAGAAACAGAAGAAAAAUUCACUCAGUGUCAACACUAGCAAAGGGAUGGUUUAAUAUUACCAGUGAUGUGUUUCUGAGCUUACCGUGUAUACUGGGGACUAGUGGAGUAACUGGAGUAAUCCAAGCAAUGCCUGCUGAAGAAACCGAAGUAAAGAAAUUGCAGAAUAGUACUGUAAUGCUCUCUGAGCUGUUGGAGCAAUUGAACAUUUAAAGAGAAAUUUUGUCAGGAAGUUUUGUUGCAUGGCAGGUUCUGUAAAACACUGUUUUAAGUUCUUUAUCCGCAUAGACUAUAACUGCAGUAAAGAAGCAUUUUAUAUUUCAUCAGCUCACUUUAUUAUAGUGAGAUAAAAAAUCAUAUGCAGGUAAGUGUUCUGGAUCUUUUCAAAGCCCUUUCCUGUAGUCUAUCUAGUCUGAAACAUGAAUUAUGUAAUUAUUUGUAAUCACUACAUACCAAUAUUUUGGUACUUUUAAAUAAGAGAAAGGAGGGAAUGAAUUUGUUACUGUUUGCUAACCUUACAACACAAGAAGAUGCAUUUGCCCAGUCGAAAACUCAGGCUCAAUUCACCUUUUGUAGGGACGAGGAGAAAAGGGGCAUCUUUACUGCAGAGCUUAUUUGGCAUGUCUUUGUAGAGAUUGCUAAGAGUAAGCCUUUCUCCUGCUUGCCAGGCAUUCAGAUGUACUGGCUUACAAGUGUCAAUGACAGUACUAAAGGGAAUAUGAGUGGGGCUUGGCAGAAAUAGCCCUUCCCUUCCAAUCCCCAGUUGCAGUGUGAUAUUGUCUAGAACCCCUACAUCGUGCAGCUGUACUUAGCAGUUGGGACCAGAGCCUGAGGGGUAACAAAGGGCGGAGAUCAAAGAAAAAAAUUGUUCCUGUUGAUCAGGAAAUAUUUUUUCCGUAUGUAUUAAAUGUACACUAUGUAUGCAAAAUUAUUUGUGAUGGAUCUGAAUACCGCACAACAAAAUUUUUAUAUUCUGAUUAGCAUACUCUGGGAUGGGUGAAAUGCACAUUGUUACCUUUUAGAAAGGUUAUAUUUAUUAAGAAUACCUCUGAGAUGUUUUAUUCUUUGCUUAUCUUGGCUCAGUUUUCCUUCAUGUACUCAAACAUAAAUUGCUUAAUUUCA